UAUCCUCUCCCCUUAGCCUUCUCAAAUCCCAAAUCCCAAAUCUCAAAUCAAUUUUAAAAAAAAAAGAACCCUUAGUGGUUCCAUCAAGACACUGUUGCUUCCUCUGUUGUUGGCGUUCUUCCACCACAGAGUCACGCACCCAUUGGUCCAUCGUCGUUCGCCACAGUCGCAGCAGGACUAAGAACCCGAACUCAACUCAGGCAAUUUUUUCACCGGCGGUAUCUGGACAUGGAUAUACAGAUUGAAGAAGGUUGAAAGGAUAGACUUGUCGGAAAACUGCCUCUCCGGCCGGAUCCCUGCUCGGAUUUCCAAACUACGAAGAUUGACUCAGUUAAGCCUGUCAAAAAAUGAAUUUUCAGAAAGGAUUCCCAACAUAUAUGCAUUACAAAAGCUCCAGAUAUUGGACCUUGACUCCAAUAUGUUGAUUGGAAGCUUGCCAAAGCUUCCACCAAGACUAAGAACUUUGAGACUGUCCCACAACAAGCUUACAGGGCAUAUCACAUCAUUAGUAAAUCUUGAUCAUCUAAUAUCCGUAGAUGUGAGUGAUAACUGGUUUACAGGACCCAUUAAUAGGGGGGUUCUUGCAUUACCUCGAUUGAGUCACCUCAAUGUGUCCUUCAACCAGUUCACAAAAAUGGAGGUGAACAACUAUUUCGGAAGUGGAUCCCGGCUUCGAACACUUGAUGCGCAAAGGAACCACUUGCGAGGUCAUUUACCAGUUAAAUUAGUGAAUUUUGAGAGAUUAGAAGUAAUUAAUUUAGCCCACAAUCAAUUUACAGGCCAAAUCCCCAUGGCAUAUGGGCAGAGAUUGGGGAGACCAUGGAGAACCCUGUUUUUAGAUUAUAACUUCUUAUCAGGUCGUAUUCCACCGGAGUUUGGCCCCGUCGCCGUGAGGAUCAGAGGCAGCCUUGCAAAUAAUUGCUUGAGCUGCCCUUUAAGGAUCCCACUUUGUAGGGGACAGCAGAGGCAUGCUUCGGCAUGCCAUGGUGUGACUGAUGGAUAAUUCACAAAUAGUGAGAUAGAUAACAAAUUACAAAGUGAGUUUUUAUAUGAUUCCUUUAUUUCUCUGAUUUUAGAUGUUACAAAUGAAUUAUUAUUUACAUAGGAUUAAUAUACUAACAUGUCAAUU